GGACGGAAGGGAGGGGAGAGAGAGAGAGAGAGAGAAAAGAGGGGGAGCACAUGUGUAUGCUUGUCACUAAGGGGCUGGGAGAAGGACUAAGGGAAGCGAGGUAGCUGGCCACAGCCGCCAUAUGCUGACUGGAUUCCUGUUCAUGUCUGCUGUGUGAAGACUGAACGCUCGCCGGCUGGGGAACGCACCAUGGGAAGCUCACAUCUCCUCAACAAAGGCAUGCCUCUAGGCAUCAGGCCACCCAUAAUGAACGGACCCAUGCACCCCCGCCCCCUGGUGGCGCUGCUGGACGGGCGAGACUGCACUGUGGAGAUGCCCAUCCUGAAAGACGUAGCAACCGUGGCCUUCUGUGACGCUCAGUCCACACAGGAGAUCCACGAGAAGGUGCUGAAUGAAGCUGUAGGAGCUCUGAUGUACCACACCAUCACUCUGAUGAGGGAAGACCUGGAAAAGUUUAAAGGUCUUCGCAUCAUCGUCCGCAUCGGCAGCGGCUACGACAACAUUGACAUCAAAUCUGCCGGAGAGCUGGGCAUAGCUGUGUGUAACAUGCCGGCGGCGUCGGUGGAGGAGACGGCGGACUCCACGCUGUGUCACAUCCUCACCCUGUACCGACGCACCACCUGGCUGCACCAGGCGCUGCGGGAGGGCACGCGGGUUCAGAGCGUGGAGCAGAUCCGAGAAGUGGCGUCAGGAGCGGCGAGGAUCAGAGGAGAGACGCUGGGACUUAUAGGGCUCGGUCGGGUUGGCCAAGCCGUUGCCCUGCGAGCCAAGGCCUUUGGCUUCAACGUGAUUUUCUAUGACCCUUAUUUAGCUGAUGGUGUAGAAAGAUCCCUGGGACUACAAAGGGUCACCACACUACAGGACCUGCUCUUCCACUCAGACUGUGUCUCUCUGCACUGCAGCCUCAACGAACACAACCACCACCUGAUCAACGACUUCACCAUCAAACAGAUGCGGCAGGGGGCGUUCCUGGUGAACACGGCCCGGGGGGGUCUGGUGGAUGAGAAGGCGCUGGCUCAGGCCCUGAAGGAAGGCCGGAUACGGGGAGCUGCUCUCGAUGUCCACGAGACAGAACCUUUCAGUUUCAGUCAGGGCCCGCUGAAGGACGCUCCCAAUCUGAUCUGCACCCCCCACGCUGCCUGGUACAGCGAACAGGCAUCGCUGGAGAUGAGAGAGGAGGCAGCCAGGGAGAUCCGGAGGGCUAUCACAGGUCGUAUCCCAGACAGUCUGAAGAACUGUGUGAAUAAGGAGUUCCUCUCCCAGAACAACCACUGGACAGGAGUCGAGCCCGCCACCGUCCACCCCGAGCUCAACGGUGCUUAUAGGUAAUACUCAUCAGGAUAAAGAAAGCUGUAGUGGUAUCCCCCAGGAGUGGUGAACCUGCCAGCUGGCGGCCUUCCUCCCCCUGUUGAAGGCAUCGUUCCCAACGCUGUGCCCAUGGCCCACAACCUCCAGCCCGCUAUCAUACACCCUCCUCAUGCCCUGUCCCCCGGACAAAAUACAGUGAAGCCACCAGAGGGCGACAGAGAGCAGCACCCGAAUGAUCAACUGUAGCCACACACAAACACACACUUGCCUGUGUGGUCUGGUGACAAGCUGUUAUCAGACGCGUUCACAGAGUGUCAGAUGGACAGGUUGAGGUCCCAAUAACAAUCGAUUAACAACUCUCUGGCAAAUUGUUUCUCAGCAGCCAGUUCACACUCCAAAGAAGAAGAAAAUGACCAUAGAAGAGGACGAUGAAGAAGAGCGGAUAGCUGUGAGAUGCUCUAAAUAAGAAGCAAGAUAGUUGUCUGUUGGUCCAACAAAAAGCCCUGAGAAAGACUGUAAAGAUCCACAGGUUGAUCUUCAAAUAAGAACUACAGUAUAGUCACGUUUCUGCCAGUAGUUAAAAAUAAAAUCUGUUGAUUUGGGAUGUAAAGAAUACUGAACAUUAUGCUGUCUUAGACUGUAGUGUGUCCAAAGUUAGAGGUGCGGGUUUCAUGUGUUUCUCUCUUUUUAUGUGUCCUUUCCUUAGUUUGAUGUACAAGCAAAAGUAGUGGGUUAUGAAAUGAAUUAGGGCUGCACGAUAUUGGAAAAAACUGACAUUGCGAUAUAUAUAUAUAAUAUAUAUUGCGAUAUGAAAAAAUACAGGAAUUGAAGAAAAGACAGUUUUUUUUGUCCGCAAACCAUCUUUUCUUGAACUUUCAUGCUAUACAAUUGGUAUUUUUUUAAUGAUAUUUAACCGGAUGAAGGAUUUUAGUCAGAGACUCCUGGAUCUUAAGUUAUCAGAGCAACAAGCUGAGCUAGCUCGGUUAUCCUGCUGUGAUCUGAUCAAGAAUGGUUGUGAUUGGUGGUUUGCUGUGCAUGCAGAGCCUGCAUGUCACUCACUCAAGUACCCCUACCCCUGAGAGCCGCGCGAGUUUUCCUUUUGCAGCAAGCAGCAAAAUAAUUGUAACAUGACGUGUUUGAGUUCAUUUGCCUACUUAAUAUCGCACGUCUUAAAAAAAUAAAUGAAAAAAUCGCACGUCCUGCGAUGUCAAUAUCGUGCAUGCGCAUAACGCGAUUAUUGUCAUGACACGAUAUAUCGUGCAGCCCUAAAAUGAAUGUAACCUUUCUGUGUACAGCUCUUAGAGAUGGAGAUACUGAUAGUUGUAUUCUAGUCUUAACUUAAACAAGGGAUAUGUGAUCUUUGAUGUAGCCAAACUGGUCUCAGAAUACAAUAUCUGUUUUAGUUUUGUGUCCCUAAAUUACAAGCCCCCCCCCCCUCCCCCCAAAAAAAGGAAAUGAAAAGAAAAAAGAGGCAGCUUUUUGCACACCAUCUCAGGAAAUUAAGUUUCCGCAGUUGGUAUGGUAUUUAUAAUUUGUUUUAAAAAUUCCUUUUUAUGCCACUUAGUGCUUUUGUUUUUCUACCUGCUUGCCUUUUUUCAUGUCCUGCUGCAUUAGAUAAUAAUAACUUUAACAAGAGCUAAAGUUGAUCUGAUGUUUGCUUUUGUUUGUUUUGUUUAAGGGGCAUGCACUUUUGCUCUUGGGACUAAAUAAUUGACCCAAAUCGAGGGGGUUGUGGGAGAAAGGCUGUAGGGAGGCGGUGUAAUGGUGUGCUUGGCGGGAAGACUUCAUCCUUAGUCGCCAUUUGAGUUUACAAAAUAUAGUGAUAAAGUGAGAGGUAAUUACUUUGAAGGACAAAACAGGUUGUGGAUAAGGCAACACAGAGUUUGUAGAAGCGUACAUUAGGAACAAAAAGUAAUUAUCUUGGCUGCAUAACAAACAUUCUAUAUAUCACUGAUUCAACUGCUUUGCUUUCUGCACAAACCAUUUCUGUUUCUUAAACUCGCACAGAAGUUAAGGAUAGCUAUGGUAAUUGACUGAUGAGGAACAGUUCGUGAAACCAAAUGUUCAUGUUUGAUCCGCUGCAAAAUGGACUAGUUAAGAAUUUUUAAAUGACUAUGACAACAAAGUAAAGCAUUUCAUGACAGCAUGUCAGAACGCACUGAUUUCUCCAGUCUAGUAUCCCUUUAACAUUUCAUGAUGGGUCCUACCUGAGUAUACCGUUUAGCCACCCUCUGUGGCUUCUGUGUCUAUGUGUACAUAUGGUGUUUGCCUGCCUGUGUCAAUGUGACUUGGUUGUAUCUGUGUCUAAAAAAGCAGCACUGGGAGGAGGGGUGGUGGCUAGUACUCUCCAUAAGGCAUCAUUACAAAGACUGGCAAUCAAAAAAACAACUAACACUAUGUAAAAAAAAGAAAAAAUGCUUAGAACUAGACAAAUCCAAGCCAGAAAACAUACCCAGUAAUGUGUGCUUUUACUGGUAACAUUCCCACCAUGUGAACAAGAUGCUGUUACGCCAACAGGUAUACAAACAUGUUUUGUUAUCUGGAAUAUUUAUAACCGCCUUUAGUCUAGUAAUGUUGUUGGUGUUAGCAGGACAGCGAAGUGAUGGUGCUUUUUGGAUCCCCUUCUACCAGCAGCUGAGCAGUAAAAACAGUUCACUGUUGCCUACCUGGUCGUCAUGGUGAGGUAGUAAGAGUAGCAAUCAGGGAUGGAAAUUCCACUAACCAUUGGUGAGUUCUCACUGACCAGGAUCUAAAUGGUUGUAGUACAGAAGGCACUGAGGUGACAUUCAACUAUUACUGUCAGAAAAGAGCCCCAAGAGGCUGUAAUAGUUCAAGUUAUAUUCUUGAUCUUUUCUCACCAGAUGCCUGUAGUUAAUUGGGGUACAAAUAAUACAUAAUAUAAACUGUAAGCAUUCCUCAUUCAAAGAGAUGGUUGCCUCAAGUUAAAAACAUACGUACUAGCCUUUAAAGUGUCCAGGUGCUCCUGGAAAUUCCAUCCCUGGUAGUGACACACAGUCGACUGUUGCCUACCCUGGUCCCUUUAUGGUAAAGUAGUAGGCGUAGCAAUAUACAGUAUACAUAUUCUAUAUUCUACAGUAAAUAUCAUUAUUUUUGGUCUAAACUGACAACCUGACAAAGAUAUGUUUGUGACUGUAUGCAUUUGUAUGAAUUAUUUUAAAAGGAAAUAAACUGUGGAAAGGUGAA